AUGCCGCCCAUCUGCCGUGGCUUCUCCGAUGCGCUGCCGUGCCUCUUCUCGGCCGCUCAUCCUGGGAUGCCGGCACGAGGAAAUCCGGCAAAGGGGAACCGGUGCGUCUUCUGCAACGAGGACUGGAUGGAGGAGGCCUGCCGAACACCGCGUGGACGCCACAACAUCACGCGCUCGUUGAAAGCUUUCCGGGCACACUACGAGAAGCGCAGCUUCGUGUACAAUACGGCCAUGACGCGGGUCCCGGAGGAGUGGCACGGCACGUUCCAUGAAGCGGCCUUGCAAGGGCGGCGCGGACCAGCUCGAAAGCAUACCCCAGUGGAGACGCAAGCCACCGCUGCCACGGAAAAAUGGGGCCAGCAUCUGGCCAACCGGAAGCGCGCCUUCAAACACCUGCGCAGCAAAGAGGUCACGGCCUACAAGAAACGCCGCACGGCCGACCGCAGCCGGGUGGCCAAGAAGUUCUUUCUCGACAACGACCUCCCGGCCCCGCAGCCGAGCGAUGUGGCUCCCAAUGAUUGCGGCCUACCUGCCCCAACGACUUCCGACCGGGCCAAGUUCGUCGAGUUGUGGUGCAAGCUCGGGUCGUGGGGCAUCUGCGAGAAGUGCCGUUCCCUGCAGCCCCGCCCGCUAGAACCCAUCGAUUCGAGAAGGGUGGCCAAGGCAACGAUCACGGCCAAGACCUGUAAGCAGUGUCGCGGCAAGCACUGGGUGCCCCAGCCGAGCGAGAUCCCACAGCCCUUGCGGAAGCUGAACGGCAAGCUCAUCGAGGCCCUCCGCCCCUUGGACAUCGAUGUGGGACCCCACAGACAGGCCGGCAACGGUUACCGCAUCCAUUCGGCCAUGGUGCGAUUCAGUUGGUCCGAGCUCGGGGUGCAGGCGAAGAUCCGUAAGCUGCGGAACCGCAGACAGCGGGAGAAGGCGCAAGCGGCCUAUGACUAUCUCAUGACCGAUGAGGCCGAGAGCUCCUACCGGGACUUCGUCAAGAAGCACAACAAGUUCCUCCGGAAGUUCCCUGGAGCGACGGACGCCGACCGUCGGCGACCCCUCCAGUUCAUUGAGACCGUCGGUCUGGAGUGCGCUCUCUGGCCAUCGCUGUAUUGGUGCGCUGAAAUGUGCGAGACUACCGAGCGGGCCACCGACUCUCGGCGCCUGGCUGCGGCUGCCGCGGCCGGCCGCAACGAAGCCCUAAGUGAUGAUGAGGACGACGAGCAGGAGGGACAAGAGCGGCACAGCAUCAAGCGCAGCUUCAUGCGCAAGGUCCUGAGCCCGAUCAUCGGCUACGGCCAGGACUUCGAGUUGCUGCAGUUCGUGUACGACCUCACCAUGUGGUCCCGGAUCG